GCGCAUACCUCGCCGCCAUCAGCUCACCCCGUGCCGUGUUCGUGUCAUCUGUCCGUGAUGACCACACUCAAUCUGCCCGGAUGGCAAGAAGCCGCCAGUCCCGGGCGCCAAGAAGUCGGCGACUAGUCCACUAGUCGUUACUGCGCUACCGAAAGUGCAUCGAGUCAAUCACAUCACUUCAGGGCUUGCAGUGGGCCCAUGCUCCGCCGAGAUAAUUAAACAUCGACCCUUUUCCCUAUAUCCGUGUCCGAGUUUGUCACCAGCACUGAAAUAUUAGUUUCCAGGCCGGCUGUCCUACAAAAGCCUUUUCUGCGACUUUUGCGCGCUUUCAGACUUACCAACAACCAUCGCGCCGCGUUGCCUCAACAAUUCAAGAUGGCUGUCAACGCCAGCUUUGUUUCGCCUACAGCGGAUGCCAAAGUCACCCACAUGAUGACACAGCUCGACGGCAACAGCAUACUCUCGACCAUCUACAAUGGCCUCAGCGUCUGGAGUGUGCUGUUCACAGUUCUCGCCGUAGCAGUGGCGUAUGACCAGUUCAUGUACGUCUACAGGAAAGGCUCUAUCGUAGGCCCUGCGUGGAAGGCGCCUUUCAUUGGACCAUUCCUCGAGUCUGUCAACCCCGACUUUACCAAGUACCACGCAAAAUGGGCAUCAGGUCCCCUGAGUUGCGUCUCAGUAUUCCACAAAUUCGUAGUCAUUGGAUCCACGCGCGACAUGGCCCGCAAAAUUUUCAACUCGCCUGCGUUCGUCAAGCCGUGUGUUGUCGACGCCGCUUACAAGCUCCUCCGUCCCGAAAACUGGGUCUUCCUCGAUGGCCGCGCACAUGUAGAAUACCGUAAGGGUCUUAACAGCCUCUUCACCCGUCAGGCCCUCGAACAGUACCUGCCAGGCCAGGAGGAGAUCUACAACAGCUACUUCAAGCGCUGGGUCGAGAUCUCGCAGGUGGAGAACAAGGGCGAGCACGUUCCGUGGAUGCAGGAGUUCCGUCAAUUGAUCACCGCUGUCAGCUGCAGAACCUUUGUUGGCCACUACUGCUCAGACGAGGCCGUGAAGAAGAUCGCUGAUGACUACUAUCUGAUUACUGCCGCGCUUGAGCUGGUCAACUUCCCCAUCAUCUUGCCCUUCACCAAGAGCUGGUACGGAAAGAAAUCGGCCGACAUGGUUCUUGAGGAGUUCUCCAAGUGCGCCGCCAAGGCCAAGGUCCGCAUGGCUGCCGGUGGCAAGAAGGAGUGCAUCCUUGACUUCUGGGUUGACAACAUGAUUGAAUCCGAAAAGUACCGCAAGAGGAUCGAGGCGGGCGAGAAGGUCGACCAGUCUGAAAAGCCUGCCACUGUCAUCCGCUGGUUCAGCGACAUCGAGAUCUCCAUGACCAUCUUCACCUUCCUUUUCGCCUCGCAGGACGCCACCUCCUCUGCCGCCACUUGGCUCUUCCAGAUCAUGGCCGACCGACCAGAGUUUCUUGACAAGGUUCGCGAGGAGAACAUCCAGGCCAGGAAUGGUGACAUCCACGCCCCUAUAUCUCUCGAUGCUAUCGAGAAGCUUCAAUGGACUCGCGCUGUGGUCAAGGAGACCCUCCGCUACCGCCCUCCAGUCAUCAUGGUUCCCUACCUCGCCAAGAAGGAUUUCCCUGUGACACCCGAGUACACUGUGCCCAAGGGUUCCAUGAUCAUUCCCACUACCUACAUGGCAUUGCACGACGCUGAAGCAUAUCCCAACCCCGACUCUUUCGAGCCCGAGCGAUGGAUUACUGGUACUGCUGACCAGCAGACUAAGAACUGGCUUGUGUUCGGUACCGGACCCCACUACUGUCUGGGCCAGACAUAUGCACAGGCGAACCUGAUGCUUAUGAUCGGCAAGGCCAGUAUGUUGCUGGACUGGAAUCACAAGGUCACCGACAAGAGCGAGGUGAUAAAGGUUUUUGCCACCAUCUUCCCCAUGGUAAGCUUUUCAACUCGUUUGAUACUACCUGAACAUUUGCUAACACUUCCCAGGAUGACUGCUUCCUCACAUUCAAGGACCGAACGUCAUAGAGCACCCGAUUGUUCACUUCUUCUUUCUUGA